AGCCUUCCCGGCCAUACGCUUCAUUGCUGCGUGCUGCCAUCCUCUGCUAUCUAGGCACAGGGGCACAUGGUUCAUCAGAAGAAAAAAGCAACGAUCCUGAACUAUAUUCACUUCUCUUUACAACAGCUGAAGUGGCAUUAGCCAAUCUGAAGAAUAAAUAUGAAAAUGAAAAAGCUAUGGUGACUGAAACCAUGACCAAACUACGAAAUGAACUGAAGGCUUUGAAGGAGGAUGCGGCAACCUUCUCAUCCUUGAGAGCAAUGUUUGCAACCAGGUGUGAUGAGUACGUCACGCAGCUGGAUGAGAUGCAAAGGCAGCUGGCAGCUGCAGAGGAUGAGAAGAAGACCCUAAACUCUCUUUUGCGCAUGGCUAUCCAGCAAAAACUUGCCCUUACCCAACGACUGGAGGAUUUAGAGUUCGACCAUGAGCAGUCCCGACGCAGCAAAGGCAAGCUUGGAAAGAGCAAGAUCGGCAGCCCUAAAGUAAGUGAGGAGGCAUCAGCCACCGUGCCAACCAUAGACACUUUCCUCCUGCAUAGUCAGGGCCCACAGCAGCCAAACUUACUGGUCAGCAGUGGCACUCAGAGGAAAAGUCCUAGUGCUCUUCCAGAAGAGCAGCCACAUUCCAGCUCUCAGUGUGCCCCUCUCAACUGUCUCUCUAAGCCUCCUCCUUACCCCUAAUCUUCAUAUGCAACGUAAGAGAAAACGCAAACAGAGUGGAGUUCAUGCAACAAAGGUUCGGGUUGUUCCCAGCGAGCAGGUAGACAAUCCUGCCUUGUUGCUGCAUCGAUAAGACUGGAUUCAUAUCCACUGCUCUGGCAACUGAGGGAAGGUUGAGAAGAAGAACACAAAGCACAGAGCCCAACCUAUUGAGAAGACUUUUUAUGGUUCCUCUGAUUGUAUUCAAACUUUACUAUCACAACUAAAGUGUAGUGAAAUUUAAUAUCUCAACAGAAAUGUUCCUCCCAGCUGCUUGGCUUUACCUCUGAAAUAAUGAGACUUAAGCCAAUAUUAAUAAAGUAUGUUACUAAACCCUACCCUCAUAACCUCUGAGUUCAGCCAUAGGAACCAGUUCACAUUUUCUUUCGUCGCUAAGGAUGUGAUAUUUCCUUCUUACUUUAUUUGCACCAUAAUUUUGUGUUUAUAAAAUGCAGUCUUUUUUGCAACAGUUGUAUUUAAUUCUUUUUUUUUAUUUUAAAUAAGCAGAAAUAGCUGAAGUGAAGAAUGACUGUGUUAAUAUUAAAGAGAGGCUUGUUGUAUUGGCCAGCACACGGCCAAUUUUUAUUGCACAAAAAUGUUGGCAGUGGGUUGAAUUGAAAUGUUAGAGAUGACUGUAUAUUUUGCUGCUGCACUGAUAUUGUUUAUGCACUUGUUUUUUAAUUCCUAUUUCAUUAGUUUCUGGUUUUGUUCGGGCUUUUCACUGAAAGAUUACUAUUUAGUUUAAGAAAGAGAUGAGAGGAUGAUGUAUUGGUUUGUUUUCCAUUUUGCUGCAUUGUAAUUCUAUUUUUGCAUUUCAGACAAGUAGAUGAAUUGGUGCUGUUUUUUGGGGUUACUUUCUAUUUGGUAUCUGAGAAAAAAAAAAAAUCUAAAACAAGUAUAAUGUCGUGUGCUAAUUAAAAACAUUCUUUCUUCCUGCUCCCAUAUUCAGGAUACUAGCUUGAGGCCUUACCCUGAAAGACUAGUAUGAAUGGUGAAAUUGCAGGUAUUCUGUGUGAAAUAUUCUAAGGUGAAAUAACUCCUGCAGGCAGACUUAAUGGUGUGGAUCAAAGCUAGCAGGACUUUAGUGCAUUUUUUCCUUGCCAAAAAUCAACAGAUACAGAACCUUAGCUCAUGUCAGUUUAUGACAAAUACUCAGGUGAUCUACACUACACAGACUCUAUUGCAACAGUGCACAGUGCUCCUAGUUAAAGGUUCUUUCCUGUAAAAGCUGAAUAAUAUGUUGGGUUGUUCUUUUAUUUUUUUUUAAUAGCAAGUUUCAGAACAAAAGCAAGGAUAGCAAAACUUACUUUGCACAGUACCUGACAGCAAGGUAAGCUGCUAAGGUGUAAUGGUUCAGCACCUCUGGGCUUCUCAUUUAGUCAUCACAUAGGAGAAGUCUUCAGUGGUGCCUACUUGUUGGUCAUUAACAGUCCUUGCUCUGUCAGGUGGCCUUAAUUUAUUUACAGAACAAAGGCUUCGAUAUUUCCACGUUUUUAUUCCUUCUCUGCAGUGUAAGUAUGAUUUACAAGCGGGAAACACAGCGCAGUCUAAGGUAGAGAGCAGCUGGACAAAAACUGCUGCAGAUAUGGUUGGAAAUUUUUUUUCACAUUCUACCUGAGUCUAAGAAAAUGAACUCAGGCUUCUGUUAGAAACAGUGCUUACCAAAUGUUAUGAAACACAAAACAUCAGCAGAGGAAAGAAUCGGUGACCAAUCAGUGUGCCUAACAAUUAUUAUUUCCAUGGUACCAGUAAUGAAGGUGCUGUAAAUAGAAAUAUUCUCUGUAAUCAACGGUGUGUGUCACUUGUAGCCUUGGCAAAGCAGCUGAGCUAUUGUAACAAAACAUUCAGAGUCAAAGGUGAAGAAAAUAGGAACAAGUUGACAACAAAUUCUGAUCAGAUUGAACAGACAAUUCUCGGCAAUGUUCUGCUUAGGUUUACCAUGCAGUUCAUGAGGUUCUUCUUGUAUGCAUUUACAUAACUAUUUAGUGUCGUACUUAACCUACAUGUUGUCUUGUCAGAGAAAAAUCAAAUAAAACUCAUUCAGCUCGAUCAUACUGUUUGAUAUGAAUAUUAGCUGCUAUUUUGAUUUUUACUAAAAAGUAAAAGACAACAAAACCAUUUUUGUUGGAGGCAAAUGGUGCCUCCCAUGAGCACCUCACAAUUCCUGACCUUGCAGACUGGUGUAGGGUGUAGUUGUAGUUCUGAAACAGUGCUGAUGCCUUUGACCAAUAAGGACAGCUAUUACUGAUGGUUAAGCAGAAAAAGAAUUUGCGUUGCACAUUGAAUAGAGUUACUGCGGGCUGUACUUGGAAUAGAUUCUCCUAUUUUCAUAUCCAAAUCAAACAUAUUCCCUGAAUUUUAGUUAAACAGGAAUUCAGUGAAAUGCAUUUCUUUUCUAUAUAGAUAUGAAUAUAUUGGAAAAAAUGUUGUGGUGGAAUGUUUGUUUGGUAAUGUAUUUGUUUCCAAUUGUGAUUUGCAGAGCAACUUUGGGAAAUUGAAACAUGCCGGUAUGUCCAUGACGAUUAAGAGUUAUGAAACAGCAUUAAAUGGUAUAGAAAUUGUGGCCCUGUUUUAUAGAACUAAGUGGGUUUAUUAAAUUUUUUAUCCUCUUAAGCUUUAAAUUCUUCAUUUCUAAGUUUUCAAUUUACAUUUUUUAAUAUGUAAUAAAGCAAGUAAAUGUUGGAAACUUAAGAGAUCUAGAAACAAACCAAUUUAAAUGUACAAAUGGCUGUAGUUAUUGCAUUGUAAGUUAUAAAGCUGUGUAGGUCCCUGGGGACAACUUUUGUCAGUUAACCAGUAACAAAUAAAAUGCAUAUCUUGAACUUGAGAUGAUAAACUCUUCUUUUUUAUGUAGUGACUGAUAGCAUGCAACUUCGUGAACCGUUUUGUAGGAAAUACUUGCAUACAGACAAAAGCAGACACAAAAGCUUUUUUUUUUUUUUGAGUUGCAAAAUAUACUUUCUUUGCCCAUUUAAAAUUGAUUUAUGGUGCGGUGUCAUCUACUCUGAUUUUUAAAUAGUAAGUAAAAAGGUUACAUAUGUUUUCCACUGGUCGGUUGAGCGUGCUCAGAAAUGCUGAAAUGUGUCCUGCACAGGAAGGAAGCAAUUCAAAUUCCGCUCUGAUUUUCAUAUCUGAAAUGAAGUUUUUGUUCUCUGUGAUGGCUUUAAAAUUUCUUUGGAUUUGAAAUGGCAUUUUCAUUUCUUUUUUAGUGAAACUUAACUUUUCAUUGUUCAGAGAAAUGGCACAAUUCUGGAAAUCCAGUUUGUAGGGUAUGUAUAGAAAUUGAAAAAAAAAGGGGGUGGGAGAUGAAGAAAUAAAUAUAAAUUGUAAGAUGUAAUAGUAUGGAAAAUAUAUUUUCUAUCAGAAGGUUAUUGGAGGCUUUAACAGAAAGAGGAACUAUUAUCAUUUCUCAAGCUGAUUGUGUGGAUGUUUCUGGCUUCUAAGUGGAGGCAGUAUUGGUAUUCUUUCUGAUUGAUCUCAUUGACAGGUUGGCACCUCUGUGCUUGCUCCAUCCCCAUUUUUCAUAGUAAAUGAGUGUAAGCAUAGCUAUACAGUAGGUUUCAUAGGAACUGUAAUUAAUGUAACACUGCAAGUUUUAAUGCCAAGACGACCUUCGAUUUAUUUUUGAUUAGAAAAGAUUGUUAACAUGUUUAAGCCAUUUACCAUAUUUAAGUGUUAAGAAAAAGACUGUUCUGAAAUAUAACCUUACUUAGGAAAUGUGACCUUGCCUGUGGAGGCUGCUCAUGCUAGGUGUGUUGCAAAUACUGCAGUGCAGCUGUUUGUAAAACACAGCCCAGUUUCCAUCACACUGCUAAAGACACCUGCAAAUCUUGGCCCUUAUUUUGAUACCAACCUUACUGUUCAGUGUGCAGUGCCAAUGACACUGUGCUGCCAUAUCUGGAUUGACCACCAUCAUCAUCAUCAUCAUCAUAUGUAGAUUACAUGAGCCCUUCUGAGGUCUGUUUCCCUGCUUUGAUGGAAAAUGUCUAUCCACUUAAGAUAUAGGAAAUCUGUGUUUGAAAACGGCAGGCACUGAUGUUUUACCUAUGAAAUAUAAUACUUACUGUUAAUACCUCUUUAAAAAUUCCAAUCACUUUUCUUCAGUUUUCCUUUGCUGUGUGUAGAGUGAGUCUGAAAGGAAUAUCCAGCAUUCAGGCUUUUCUAGCCACUAACAAUUUUUUUAUUAUUAUUAUUUUUUUAAGUAUAAUUAAGGAUCCUAUGGAAAAGAAAAAAAAACAAACCAACAAUUGUCUUUCAUCUUCAGGCACAAAUGCAUCUAAAUAUGCAAUAUAAAAUACGCGCAUGAGAUUCUUUGCAUCAUGUAGCUUUUCCAUAUCCAUAAUUAAGCCAGAAAAUUCUUAUUUCUUCUUUGAUCUACAUACUCUUAAUGUUAAAAAGGCAAGGGGGCUAUCACUGAGACUUUAUAUUUCAUUCUGAGGUAUAUGUCUUAAAUCUGUAUUGGAUCUGUAUAGGAGCUGCUUGGUCACAGCCUGAACCAGUGAUUGAGCACCUGGUGAGGGGACACAGCCAGCCCUGAGAACACAGGUGGAAGUAAUUCACCUGUGUGACUGGAAGGGUUGGAGCCUGGCUCUACCCCUCCCUAAGCUCAUAUAAGGGCUGGCUGCCACCAGGGAAGGAUUUCUGCUUGGAAAUUCCUUCUUUUGGAUUAGUUAGCAAGCCCUGAUUCUUGGGAUAGGUAAGCAAAUCUUUCUUUGACUGGCUUGCAGCUAUCAUUCUUUUUUGGGCAAUUUAGACCUGCUUAUCUGCUAUUAUUUUUCCAUACAGGAUUUUAAUCUAUUGCCUGUGGAGUUCUUCAGAAGACCCUUAUGAAAUCUAUUAAAAACUAAGUGACAAAGUAACAAAAUUAAAGGAAAAAUCUUAUGUUUUGUGACUGAUGUCAACAUGUAGGGAGACUCUAGAUGAUCAGGCUGUGUUGCAGAAAUGUCUUUCCAUGAAGUUCCACAUUUGUUUAGUUUAUCAUUAUUUGCUGUUCAAGAAACAGCAGAGAAGAGUAUGUUGUUUUUUCUCCUUAGCAUUUGUAAAUUAAAUUAUAUAGUGACUUGAUUUGAAAAACACUUGGGGAAUAAUGAAAAUGAUUGAUUAAAAAAUUUCAGUAGACUAAUUUGAUAGCUGAAUUGUUAUUCAAUCAGACGUGAAUAAGAAAUAAGAGUUAUCUAGCUUGUUGGUGUGUGUUUGUUUUUUUUCCUGUUCACUGGCGUGGCUGGGUGUGCUAUGCUAGUGGAUAAACUAAGUCUAUCUUAUUAGUUAUUUCCCCAUUGAUUUUCAGCCCUAUGGUUUGACUGUUAAAGGGUUAGUUAAUUUGAUCCUUUAUAAAUAACUAAAAAAAAAAAAUGAAAACUGAUGUUUUGUGACUUUUGUAAUCUAUUGAAUGUUAUCAUUUGCAUGAUGUUCUGUAUCUAACGAACCAUUGAGAUUGCUGUGUUCCUUUCACAAGAGUUUUAAUGUUGGUGGAGUUUGUGACAAAUACAGAUUUGUAUACUGUAUGUUUACUGCUGUAAUAACUCAGCUACUCCUACACUGAAUUGACGUUAUAUUGUCCUGCCUUCUUGGGGUUAAAUGAUGGAGUGCUUCUAGAUGGUGACGAAUAUAAAAGUAUGUAUGCUCAUUUGUUGAAGACUGAGUAUUGGAAACUCUUAUUGUUGCUACUUUUUGUUAAAAGAAAAAAAAACGAGUUAAAUAAUCCUUGUUUCGUUUCUAAAAAUGCAUUAUUUGUUUUUGAAAAUUGGAGUAAUUCCCACAUAACUCCUUGUAGACAAUCCUAGAUUAAUGCCUUGUGAAGGAUUCAUUAAGUCUGUGCUUGUACAUGUGUAAUAUGAUCAUGCAGCCAAAUGGUUGGGAAAAACACUCUACUGAAUAAAAAAAAGAGAAGCCAAUAUACUGAUUCUUACAUCUUUAUGUUCCAAUUAAAAUUACAGUGUAAUGCAUAACUGUUCCAGUGAAUAAACUGGCCAUUUUUGUUCAUUUA